UAGCAUCAUCCCGGCCCACACCGUAGAAAGACCAUACCAGUAAGAGGGCAGACAGAGCACUGAGUGGAGGCCUUUGGAUUAGAACAAAGAAAAUAGCUAGAAGGCUGCUAUGAGAGUCCAGGUAAGAAACAAUGCUGAACCAAGUCAGUGGGAAUGUAGAACAAGAACAAAGAUUUUAAGAUUUUAAAGAAGAUUUUAAGAAGCAGAAUUGAUAAAAUUUCAUGUCUGAUUGAAUGGAGGGAUGAGGAAGAAGGAGAGGAAGAGAAAGAUAUGACGUGCUCACUAGUGCCCUCUGAACAGUCUUCUGGGACUUCUCUCUUGCCUAAAGACAAUGCCCCAUUUUCAUGGGGUUCCUCGGAUGAGGAUGGAUUGGAUGACUCCUUGCUGGAUCUGUCUGAGGGAGAAGAAGAUGAUGGCCAUUUCAGUUUCACAGAGGAAGAUAUUCAGGAGCUCUUGAAGGAUGAUGACCUAUCAAAUGAGCACUUUUCUUGGGGAGGAGGGUUGCUUAAAGAUGACAGCAGUCACGUUGAGAAGGGAGGGAAAGGGGAUCAAAUUCUAUUUGAUACUUCCCAAGAGAAAAAUUCAUCAUACACCUUGGGACCAGUAGCUGAGACCCCUGGCCUCUUAAAACUACCUCAGCUAAGUACAUCAGUUGGUCAUGGCCCAACUCCUACUAAACCGUUAAACAGACACUUUGCACUAGAAAAGAAUCUUGUAAAAGUAACAGUUGCACCAUUUAAUCCAACAGUUUGUGAUGCUGUGCUUGAUAAGGACAAGACUGAUUUAUCCAAAGAUCUUGAAAAGCCCUCCUCCCUUGGGGAAGAGAUGAGAGAAGAUGGUCUUAGCCCAAAUGAGGGCAAACUCUGCACUGAAUCUGAAGGGAUCAGUCCCAAUAAUUCUGCUUGGGAUAUGCCCCCGCUCUCUUCUCCAGACAGUAACUUUCAGCAAACUGUGUCUGAUAAAAAUAUGCCUGACAGUAAGAAACCUACACCUGUAUUCUCUCAGAUCUUGGACAAUUCAGAGACUCCUCAUUUGGGGUCAUCCUGGAAAAAUGGAUCACAUAAAUCAAAUUGUGAAAUGACGUUUCCAAUUGUUUCCAGUUCAUCAAACAAACAGGAUGUUCUUGACAAGGAUUCUGGGAAGCUGAAAGUCAACGAGAGAAGACUAGGCAAAGUCAUACCUGUUCUGCAAGCCAAAAGAAGGACUAAUGUUCCGACGUUUUCACAAUCAGAUCUAGAAAAGCAGAAGCAAAGUUAUCUCAAGGAAGUCAUUGCUCAUAUAGAACACCCAAAGGACACUAACCAAGGUGCCUUGGGGGAACUGUGCGCCUUGAUGGGUCAAGUUCAUCAUGUGCCAAACCCAAAAUGGCAGCAUCCUUCGGACCUCACCAUGCGAAACUACGCUCGGUUCCGACAGAAACCUCUGCAAAGAUACAGUCUGACUCAGUGGGUUGACAGGAACAUGCGAAGCCACCAUCGGUUCCAGCGUCUCCCAGAUUUCCCACCGAGUCCAUUUGUCUCACCCCAUCAGCAGUGAAGGUCUCUAUCCAGGGUCCUGUUCCAGGUCCUGUUUGGAGCAGCAGCUCAUCUUCUGCUCUUUUGUGCUUUGUAGAUUUUGAAUUUUAUUUUUCACGAGAUUUUUAUUUAAAGAACUUGCCACCUUUUGGAAAUUCCCGUUGCUGACUUGAAAUUUUUUUGUAUAACGUCCUUCUUGUUUGUCUGUGUGCAUGCGUUUAAGCACUGUUAAGUUUUUAUUUUUUUUAUUUAAAUUGAAGGUGACCACUAAUUGAAAGCCAGCAUCAAGCCAGAAUACCUAGGCUCAGGCAAAGCACCCACCUCUGCACAGAGGUGAAGUCUACUUCUGGUGCCCAAAAGAAAUCAUCUUCUAAUCUCCUGUAAGGAAGAGAUUACCAGGCUGCAAGCCAGCAUUAAUUACUGCUAAUGACUUAUAAGUGGAUAUAAGUCACUUUUAACAACCCCUCUUACUUUUUUAUUUGAAUCUCUGAAUACCUGUCAGUAUUUUAAAGUCGGUAAUCCAGCACAUCUGAAGUAGGAUGGAGCAGGACAAAAAUCCUGUUGAAGGGACAAAUUCAAAGUGUAAAUCUUCUCUCUUUUCUGUACUUACUAGCCUCCUUUAUUUAUUUAUUUUCUUUGCCCCCUGCCCCCAUUCUUCAUUAAAUUUGUUUUGCACAAUAGGUUUACAAAUGUUACACAUCUUAACUCUGACAGAAGACUGCUGACUAACCCUUGUUGAUUUGUGGUCUUGAGACUGAUUGUCUUCUCUUUCUUUUCUCAAGGAUUUGCCUUCUUUUUCCCCAGUGACCACUAUGCUCCUUAAAUUCUGUUGGUGUGUUCCUGUAUCCUGUUAGACAUAGACAUGCCUCUUAAGAGCAGCCUCCCUGCUCUCUUUAUUAAAGAGCUUCCCACCCAGAGUCUUCACUCUAGGACAGGCCAGCAAACCAGUCCUACUGAGGUGUGAGUUGGUUUUCAGUUUCAUCUGCUCAACUCCAACUUCAAGUGUGAGUUGAUGUGUUAGUCAGUGAGUCCAUCAUCCUGUGGGAGAGACUCUGGAGAGGCACUCUGUUGUCUCCAUUAGUAGUUAACAAGAGGUGCCUUUAGCUUCCGGAUGUUACCAUCUCAUUUGGUCAAACCUCUGAUACACAGCUUGACAAAACUGAUAAUGUGGGUCUAAUCAGUUGUGAUUAAGCCUGUGCACGAAAGCAUUACCUGACCUUCAGGUUUGGUAUUCUACCUUAAGUUGACAGACUUUGUGCAGCCUAAUGGAUGUCAAGGAGUUCGUCAUUCUUUCUAUACAGCCAGCUCUAGACAUCUUUGGGGAGAUUUUACAGUCCGGCAUUCACGCUACUGUUCACGCUCCGUGGAGGCUGGGCGUAGUCGCUGUGGCGCAGCCUGUGGUACCAGGCUAGCUGCCUCCUUCUGCUUUUGUUGUUCCAUCGGCCCAUCUCUGCAUUCAUCUUAAACAGCCUACCCGGCUUUAGAAAACGACUUGGGAAAAGUUUAGUCAUUCAAGCCACCAGUAAACUUAGAUGGAUGCCACUAAGCGUUUACUGUUUUUAUCCAGGUGAGGAGUCUCUUCCUUGGACAUUUGGUUUAGAUUCUGGAACCAGAUGCAAAGAAGUUCUGUUCAGAGCCAAGAGUCAAAAUCGAUUUCAGUUGGCAUAAUGGACAUUUACUCAAUCAGUCACUUCUCCAGAUUUCCCUAAAUUAGCAUGAUGGAGUGAGCGAGCAGACAUCCACCUUUGGAACCACAGCAUAAUAAAAAUUAAUUGGAGCUGGAGUAACUAGCACUGUGGCUGUCUCGUUCUCCACAGUCGGCCCAAGGAGUGAAGGGACAGCAUUUCGCUUUGGCUCAUGUUCCUGCACUCCUGGUACAAGAGGGUUUAAGCCUGAAUGUGUAAUGGCAGCCUUGCCUUUGCCAAAUCAAAUGAGUGACGGGUUAACUAGAAAAUGUGACAAUCACAUUUCCUCUUUGCUCAAAUAAUUCUGUUUUUCCAAAGCUUUAGCAGCUUAAUUAAAUCUGUUGGACUGGGGGAGGAGAGAACUGUUCUUUAGCGGUUAACAUGGUAUUCUUUAAGAAGAAAAAAACAAAGCCAAAGAAAACUCAUUAUCAGGCAUGUUUGCCUUAAAGAUGGUGGUGGGUAAAAUCUGGAGUUUUAAUCUGUAUUUAAAGCUGCAUAUCUCCUAUGUGGUGCUGGCCUCUCAGACUAGUAUUUGGUGAUGAGUUCUUGCUGUAUUGUUUUAUUGGAGUGACGGUUAUGUGCAUUUAACUGCCUACCUAGCUUGCUUCGUUCAUGAUGGCAUUCUCACCACGGGGGUCUUGACAAAGAGUAAAAAUGUGCUGUUUACAUAGUUUACUUUUAAGAGCCUGAAAUAACCUGUAGUUUUGCAUCUAACACAGGCCUGAUUUACUUGAGUUGUCGGGAUCAAUUAUGAAACUGAAGUUUGGUGCCUCCUCUUUAUCAUGUUUUUUCCCUUGUAGCAGUUGUGUUUAAUGUCAUUAAAAAGAAAUAAAAGUUCUUGUCGUGGCAUA